GUGACAUCCAUAUUGGCUUUUGAGAAAUCAAACAUGCAAAUAGUCCUUCAAAAAUCAAGGAAAUUUUGAAGAAGAUUUAAACUGACAAGCUCCAGAGGGUGUCAUGGAGUUCAAGAUUGAGGGAAAAGAAAAACAUCAUCAUAGCUUGAAUUUACUGAACCAAAUUAAGCACAUGAAAGAAUUAGCAGAAAUGAUUGACGUGGUGCUGGUAGCAGAAGGAGAGAAAUUUCCCUGCCACAGACUGAUUCUGGCUGCAUUUAGUCCCUAUUUCAAAGCCAUGUUCACCUGUGGCUUACUCGAAUGUACUCAAAGAGAGGUUAUACUUUAUGAUGUCACCGCGGAAAGCGUGUCCAUAAUACUCAACUACAUGUAUAAUGUGGAUUUGGACAUCAAUAAUGCCAACGUACAGUCCGUUGCUAUUGCUGCUUAUUUUAUGCAGAUGGAAGAAGUCUUCGGUGUGUGUCAGAAAUACAUGAUGGACCACAUGGAUGCUUCCAACUGUGUAGGCAUUUACUAUUUUGCGAAGCAUAUCGUGGCGGAAGAUCUAUCCGAUCAAGCCAAGAAAUAUCUCUACCAACACUUCACUGAGGUGAGCUUACACGAAGAGAUAUUGGAAAUCGAAGCGGAGCAACUGAUGAUGCUCAUUAGAUCGGACGAUCUUAAUAUUUCCCGGGAGGAGACCAUCCUAGACUUGGUUCUGCGAUGGGUAAACCAUAGCCGAGAGCUGCGGACGGAACACCUGGUUGAACUUUUGAGGCAAGUGCGACUGAUGCUCGUCAGCCCUUCGUUCCUCAGAGAAGCUUUGAAGAGGAACACAGUCCUUCUGUGCGAUGCCGACUGCAUCGACAUUAUCGAGGGCGCGUUAGAGGCUAUCGAGAAAUCUGAACAUCGUCCUCUUAACCUCCGGUAUGGUAUGGAAAUCACCAGUCUUCUGCUUUGCAUUGGCAACAAUUCUAUGGGGAUCAGGUCAAGACACAGAAGCUACGGCGAUGUCAGUUUUUGUUACGCUCCCACGACGGGGAAGACCUACUUCAUUUCGUCUCCGAAGUACGGAGAGGGCUUAGGAAGCGUGUGUACCGGAGUCGUUACAGAGAACAACGAUGUUAUCGUAGCCGGAGAAGCAAGUGCUUCUAAACUGUCUAGACAAAAGAUGAAGAAUGUCGAAAUCUAUAGGUACCACAAUCGAGGAAGCCAAUUUUGGGAAAAGUUGUGCACUACUGAGUUCCGGGAGCUGUAUGCCCUGGGCACUGUCUAUAAUGAUCUCUAUAUUAUAGGAGGACAAAUGAAAAUGAAGAACCAGUAUCUUAUUACCAACUGUGUGGAUAAGUAUUCCAUAGAACAUGACAGCUGGAAAAGAGUGUCUCCCCUCCCGCUUCAACUAGCUUGCCAUGCUGUGGUGACAGUGAAUAAUAAGCUUUACGUGAUUGGAGGAUGGACCCCACAGAUGGAUCUUCCCGACGACGAACCUGAUCGAUUAAGUAACCGAACACUGCAAUAUGACCCUGGCCAAGAUAAAUGGACAGAACGUGCCCCGAUGAAGUUCUCCAAGUAUCGCUUCAGUACAGCCGUAGUCAACAGUGAGAUUUAUGUUUUGGGUGGGAUCGGCUGUCUGGGUCGAGACAAGGGUCAGGUGCGCAAGUGCCUGGAUGCUGUGGAAAUCUAUAACCCUGAUGGUGAUUUUUGGAGGGAGGGACCCCCUUUGCUCUCUCCUCUCCUCUCACUGCGAACCAAUUCUACGAAUGCAGGGGCGGUGGAUGGGAAGCUGUACAUCUGCGGGGGAUUUCAUGGAGCGGAUCGCCACGAAGUCAUCACUAAAGAAAUCCUAGAACUGGACCCCUGGGAAAACCAGUGGAAUGUCAUCGCCAUCGAUGUCCUCAUGCACGAUAGCUAUGAUGUCUGCCUUGUUGCUAAAAUGAAUCCAAGAGAUCUCAUUCCCCCACCUUCGGAUUUAGUGGAAGAAAGAAAAUAGCCAGAAGUAAAGUGAACAUGAUGCUCCUCUAGAGCUGCCAGAUUUUGCUUGAACUGGGUAGUUCUGAACACAGCGCUCCACCCCAUCUGGCCUUCACGCAGGACUGGACUGGAAGUGGAUUUUCUGUGGAGCUGGAUGCUUGACGUUCAUCUGAAGAACAAGCAUACCCUAGAGUUGUGCUUUCUCCCUAUUAGGUAAUAUCUUCUUCAUGUAGAUUCUUUUCCCGCUUUAAUAACGAUCCUCUGGACUGGGGCCUCGUACAGUGGUAUGCGCAGAGCGGGCACCCGAUAAACUCAGUUGCCUGGCCCUGGUCCCAUUCAGACUGUGCCAUUGGGGAUGGUUGGCAAAGAGGAGGCGGGAUCGGGGGGAGGCGUCAAGUGGCACCAAGGCAGCAGUGACAAUAUGGCUUGGCAAACUUGAUUCGGGCAAAUGACAGGUCACCCUUGACUCCUUUCCGAAGGCUCAGUCUAGCCCAGAACCACAUCAGUGUGGCCAACUCACCAGCAGGUCGGAUCUUGGGUGGGUACUGAUGUGGUAGAGAGGGCCCCAGUUCGGCGCUCCUAGAUCCACUUUGGGAUUGGCCUAGACUUAGCUGACCCUCCCAUGAUCUCAACCCUUCCCCAGCGACCUGGGAGUCACGUCGGCUACACCGCAUUUUGAUAGCCCCCUCCGACCCAACUGGAGGCAUAGUUAAAGGUUGCUAACACUGCCUUGCUUGCUGUAAUCUAGUGGUUCAGGCAGCGGAUGAAGUUAACCAUGAAGUUUCAAAUUGAACAACUGUAUCGAAAAGAAAUUGCUGGCACCAUGCUCAAUUUGAAGACUAAGUUAUGAGGUGAGCAAGUGUCAGAAGGCUAAAUGGCAGGGGCUUUAAUGCCUCCUGAGGGAAAACUCUGGCGCGAGUGGAGGGGUUUGAAUCUUCCCCGGGAGAAAGCGACCGGUUGAAAAUUGAUUUGCUUUAUCGCGCCACCUCUUCCUUAAUAAGUCU